CUCCUGGGAAAGCGAGGGGGAGAGAGAGAGAGAGAGAGAGAGAGAGAGAGAGAGAGCGAGCAUGGGCUGGUGUUUCCAGAACUGCCCUUCCUCUGAGAUGCAAACAUUCUUUUCACUGACGUUGAAAACGUAUUUGAAUCCUGGACCCUUGAAUUAGUAAACAAUGGCAAACCGGUGAUGACCUUUGUACCUCUGACUUUGACCUUUAAAAAAGAAAAAGAAAACCACGCACAAAUCUAGCAGCUCUUUCCCUUGGCAGAAUGUGGGGCUGAGACCCAGCUCAUUUCCCACCUGGCUCCACUAGGUGGCCCCUCGUGCUCUCGGAUGUCUGCGAGGCGUGCAGACAGGUGAAUGAAUCUCAUUGGCUUACGGGAGGCAUGAUGCCACCGGGCAGCCCUUUUUAAGAGAAAAGCCAGGACCGGUGCAAGAGCGACCCCUGAGCAGCGAUCCGGGUGCUGAGCACGGUGCUGAGCGCAGGGAUCCCGCGACUGCCGCGUUACAGCAACAUGAGCGAGCGACAAGGCACUGGGGCAACCAAUGGAAAAGACAAGACGUCUGGCGAAAAUGACGGGCAGAAGAAAGUUCAAGAAGAAUUUGACAUUGACAUGGAUGCGCCAGAGACAGAACGCGCGGCGGUGGCCAUUCAGUCUCAGUUCAGAAAAUUCCAGAAGAAAAAGGCUGGGUCCCAGUCCUAGAGGGAGAGCCCCCUCCUAGUCUUCCAGAAGACAGCGAAUUCAACCAUCAUCUGUCAAAGAAAUUAAAAGAACAACACCCUAGAGAGAAUUCAUCUGCACACGAUACACACAUGCACACCCGACCUGCAAUGCAUGUACAGAGACCCGUGAUAUUUAUUCCCUGAUAGGAAGGUGUAGACAAUGCAGCUGUGAGUGGCUUCAUCUCUGUUGAUCUCUAGUAUCGUUCCUCCUGCACCUGUUUUCCUUGAUGUUGUAAUAAAAUGGAGUUACGAAGCGUGA